AUGUCGAGCAACCGCAACUACGACUUCCUUAUCAAGCUUCUGCUGAUCGGCGACUCGGGCGUAGGCAAGUCCUGCUGCCUGUUGCGCUUCAGCGAAGACUCAUUCACGCCGUCCUUUAUCACGACCAUCGGCAUUGAUUUCAAGAUCCGCACCAUCGAAUUGGACGGCAAGCGUGUCAAGCUCCAGAUUUGGGAUACCGCCGGCCAAGAGCGCUUCCGUACCAUCACCACCGCCUACUACCGCGGCGCCAUGGGAAUUCUCCUCGUCUACGAUGUCACCGACGAGCGCUCCUUCAACAUCGCCAUUGCGAAAGGAAUCCUGGAUGAAUGGGGACAAGUACGUGAGAAGAGAAAACUAAUCUGGUACUCCUUUCACGCAGACAUCCGCACCUGGUUCGCCAACGUAGAGCAACAUGCCACCGAGGGCGUCAACAAGAUUCUCAUCGGUAACAAGUGCGAUUGGGAAGAGAAGCGUGUCGUCUCGACCGAGCGCGGCCAGCAGCUCGCCGACGAGCUCGGCAUCCCCUUCCUCGAGGUCUCGGCCAAGAGCAACAUCAACAUAGACAAGGCUUUUUACUCUCUCGCUGCCGAUAUCAAGAAGCGCCUGAUCGACAACCAGAAGAACGAGCAGCCCGCCGCCUCGGGCGUCAACGUCGGCGAGUCAAGUGGAGCCGGCGGAAAGUGCUGUUAA